CGCUGUCUCAUAAUCAAUAAACCUCAAAAACAAAUAGAUUCUUAGUGUUCCUUGUCUCCAUAGUUUGAGGAGAUUUCUACGAAUUCCAGAAAAUGGAAAUGAACACAUGCACGAUACUUUUGAAUUCAAAGAGGAGUUCUGAUCCUAAAAAAGUUAGUAUAACAGAGUCGAUUCAGGGAGCGAACAAUGCUGUGAAAUGGGUCGAUAGUUGUGAAGCUUGUUUGGAAGAUGGUAAGAAGCCGUGUAACAAAUGUAUUAACGAAGAAAAUGAGGUAAAGUUUGAGGUUAAAAACGAGAUAAAUGAUGGGGAUACGCAUGCAAGCGAUGCCAAUAGUUCUUUUCUUCAAUCUGUCGUUAAUAUGAUCGGAAUGCUCAUAGGUCUUGGCCAACUAUCAACAUCAUAUGCUCUAGAAAACGGAGGGUGGAUUUCUUCAUUUCUUCUUGUAGCCCUUGGAAUCGCAUGCGCAUACACCUCCCACCUUCUUGGAAAAUGCCUCGAAAACAACAAGAAAGCAAGAAACUACACAGAUAUCGGCCACCAUGCCUUCGGGAGCCGUGGAAGAGCAAUCGCAGCAACAUUUAUCUACUUGGAGAUCUUCAUGGCACUUGUUUCCUACACGAUAUCAUUGCAUGACAACUUGAAAAUGGUCUUCUUUGGAACCAAUGUCCAGUUCUCAUGGGUUCACCACUUGUCUACUUCUCAAGUCCUGACUGUGUUUGCGGUGUUGGUGGCACUUCCUAGCCUCUGGCUGAGAGAUCUUGCAUCCAUUUCGUUCCUCUCUACUAGCGGCAUCAUCAUGUCGCUAAUGAUUUUCGUGACAGUAGCAUGCACCGCAGUGUUUGGAGGUGUCACCGCCAAUCACACGAUCCCUGCUCUUAGGCUAAGGAACAUACCACACAUAUCCGGUCUGUAUGUCUUCAGCUAUGGUGGCCAUAUUGUGUUUCCUGAUAUACACAGGGCUAUGAAAGACCCCUCCAAGUUUACUAAGGUGUCUAUCGUAAGCUUCACAUUUGUGACCUCGCUAUAUGCAUCUUUAGCAUUCAUGGGAGCGAAACUUUUUGGACCGGAAGUAAAUCCGCAAAUUACCCUGAGCAUGCCUCGAGGCCUUGUGUUCACAAAGAUCGCAUUAUGGGCUACUGUUUUGACACCAAUGACCAAAUACGCACUCGAAUUUGCACCAAUUGCAAUAGAACUCGAACAUCGGUUCCUUUACUCGAUGAAGUCUCGAACCAAGACGAUCAUAAGGGGCACAAUCGGGUCGAUCUUGUUGUUACUUAUACUGGUCUUAGCCCUAUCAGUGCCGUACUUCCAGUAUGUCCUUGGACUUACGGGUUCGCUCGUUAGUGUGGCAAUAGUACUCAUUUUCCCAUCGGUAUUCUAUAUCAAGAUCUUUUGGAACCAGAUAUCGAAGCCCAUUUUGGCUCUUAAUGUGUUCCUAAUCGCAAUCGGCUGUCUUCUUGCGAUCUCGGGUACCAUCUCGUCUAUGAAAUUGCUCGUGGAAAAUUUUGUGAGGCUCCACUGAGGUCGAUAAUCGGAUGUAUAAUAUGGUGAACAAUUAAGUAUUGGUGAAAUGUGUCAAACUAUGUAUAAUGAUUUGUCAACUCGACUGCUUUAAUUAAUUCUUAUUUAAAACGUAUUCAUCGAUUAUGACAGUUGGUCGUGUGAAUUGUGAUAAGUACGAAAAUAUAGAGAAGAUAAUAUUAAAUAUGUAUUCACUAUUAUUGUGAACUUGGGGUUUUCACUGAAAGCUGAGUUUUAGCGAUUACAGAAGUUGUC